AGAGAGAGACUAGAGAAGAAAGGGAAACCACUUUACGCCUCCGUCUCCUCCGUUCACCUCACUCCGCUGCCUCCAAUGGCGGGUUUCAGUUUUCUGAAACGCGCAGUUAGUAGCGCAACCGGAAAACUAAAGGCGACGUUGUCUCCUAUUUCGGCAGCACGUAAUCUCUUCACCGGAGUGGGAUGUGACCAAAUUUAUGGUUUGUGGUGACCCAGGAAUGGUCUCUCAUUCCAAUCGAAUAAGAAAGCACAACACCAUUGGUAACCCUGGCGUGCUAACUGGUCCAUUUCAUCAUCUUCUCAGGGUCAACCAGAAAAACAAGCCCGCCUUUUUAAGGGUCCAAUCAAUGAGUUAUCAGUUUGUGGCUGAUUCUCAUGCAUCUCCUAGACGUAUUGUCAAAACUGAGGAUGAGCAAGAUGUUUCUAAAUUAUCAAAGAACGAAAGCGCUGAAACUCCUAGAAAACAUCAACUUGGGGAGAACGUACCCAAGAAGGAUAAAAUAAAGUUUCUUGUAAACAAUCUUCUUGAUAUAGAAGAUAAUAAAGAGGUUGUUUAUGGAGCUUUGGAUGCUUGGGUUGCUUGGGAACGCAAUUUCCCCAUUGCUUCCCUCAAAAGAGUCAUAGCUAUUCUUGAAAAGGAACAGCAAUGGCAUCGAAUGGUCCAGGUGAUAAAGUGGAUCCUAAGUAAGGGACAAGGGAACACGAUGGGGACGUAUGGACAGUUGAUACGGGCGUUAGAUAAGGAUCGCAGAGCAGAAGAGGCGCAUGUUAUCUGGCGAAAGAAAAUUGGGAAUGAUCUGCAUUCUGUACCUUGGCAAUUAUGCUUACAAAUGAUGCGCAUAUAUUUCCGGAACAACAUGUUACAGGAACUUGUUAAGCUAUUUAAGGAUCUGGAGAGUUAUGAUCGUAAGCCGCCGGGCAAACACAUUGUGCAGACAGUGGCAGAUGGUUAUGAGCUUUUGGGAAUGCUUGAUGAGAAAGAAAGGGUAGUGACGAAGUAUUGCAAUCUACUUGUAGGUGCAGCAUCUGAUGGAACAUCAACAAGAUCUUCAAGGAAGAAAAAAAAAACAGAACUUAGGAAUCCUGAAGCAACCACAGAAGACGUAAUAGAUGCAGUAAAUGCUGAGUUACAGGAAGAGCUAAAAGUAAAUGUGGAUACAAACCAAGAUUCAGAAGGUGCCACUGAGAAACGAUCCGAACAUGAAGCAUAAGUUGUAGUAUUUAAAAUAUAAAUGUCUCUACUUGAUGGAUUGUAACGUUUAGAGUUCAAGGUAUGAGUGCGUCACUAGUAUUACCAAGACAUAGGGCUCUAGCCUCUAGGUAUGCUUAAAAUCGUGUUAAACCGUAACCGAACCAGAUCACAUUUGAUUUUUUCGAAAUUGGACAAUGAAUAUACAAUA